UACCUCACUAUAUUAGAAUACCAGUUGUCCUGUCAUUGUGUUACUGUCUAGAAGUGCUAGCACAGGGUCAAUAUUUGAGCGAAAGAAGGACUGACUAUCUUCUUCCGAGAUCAUUUAUAAAAGCAGGAAUAUUAAAGCAACAAUAAGAAAGGGAAAAGAAAAUAGGAAAGUGAAGGAGAGAAGAAGAAUGAUCCUCAGAUCUUUGUCACUUGAUAGGAUGGUCGGAAUGCUAAAUUUAGAUUGCUAGAAAUUCUAUAAAGGGAAUCACCACAAUCACGUUUUUCUAGUGCUGCUUCUCACAUAGAGAGAGAGAGAGAGAGAGAGAGAGAGAGAGAGAGAGAGAGAGAGAGAGAGAGAGAGAGAGAGAGAGAGAGAGUACAAAACUCUGAAAAUGUGUAAGUGGUAACGAGAAGAAUACCUGAACUCUUCGACUGUAAGGAUUAUUUUACAGGAAACUGUGAUGCAUGAUGGGAAGCCAACUGGACAGUUUAUUAAGCCAGCUGGGAACUGGACGAUGGAAUGUCAUCCACUUCGUUGCUUUGUCUUAUUUUUUUGCCUGAAACCCUGAAGAAACAUUAAUGGUUACUGUAUAAAGAUCUUCACGGUGACACACCUUACAGGUUUCUCUCUGCCAGCCUACCACACUUUGGCGGGUGCCUUUUUCGUUCCGAGUCUGAACCACACUUGCAACCCACCAAGUUCUCUCAUGAGUAGUAAUGACUCAAAUGGGGGUCCCUCUGUGUUCGCAUGCAGUUACCUUGCUGUGAGCACAGUUUCUGGAAAAGUUGUUCAAGAAGAAUGUACGACUUGGGUCUUUGAUAACUCCACGUUCAGUACAACGCUCACAUCUGAGUUCAAGCUGGUAUGUGGAAGGGCGUACCUCAGGGCCACCUUCAGCGGAAUAUAUAUGUUCGGUGUUCUGGUUGGCGCUCCGCUCAUUGGCCUUCUGGCUGACAAAUAUGGUCGCAAACCCACCGUUGCUAUCGGGUCACUGAUGUAUUCAGCGAUAGCCAUAGCUUCCUGCUGGCUACCCUCCUUUUCCACCCUCCUCACAGCUCGUUUUCUGAUGGGCACAAUGCAUUCGACAAUCAUCACGGCGGGCUACAUUCUCGCUUUGGAAGUGUCAGAGCCCCGUCUCCGAUCUGUGAUGGGCAUCGUGCUGUACCUCCCUUGGGCGAUGGGCACGAUGGCCCUCGGGGGAUUCGCUUACUUCGUCAAGGACUGGAGGAACCUACAGCUGCUCAUCUCACUCAUGUCGUUGCCUUUUCUUCCAGCUCUUCUGAUUCUGGACGAGUCUCCCAGAUGGCUGGUUGUGAGAGGUUACUAUCAUCAUGCGUUGCAUGUCCUCCAAAGGGCUGCCCGGUGGAAUAAGGCCGUCCUACCCCCGCCCCAUAGGAUACUGCAGAUCGUCAAAGGCGGACAGAAUGACGUGGCCCUCUUGAAACCCGCCGAAGACAACUGCAAGGGAAAUUCCCUCAGCGCCCUUCAGGGAUGCUUCAUCCUGUUGCGGACUCGCAGACUCCGCACCAUCACCCUGGCCAUGUACGUCAACCACCUGAUCGUCAGCAUGGUCUACUACGGCCUCGCCCUCAGCGGAGGUCAGCUGAGCGACAACCCCUUCGCCUACAUGGUCCUCAUGGGGUUGGUCGAGGUCCCCGCCUACACUGUGGUCAUUCCUAUCGUGGUGCGUUUCGGAAGACGCUCUCCCACCGUCUCCUUCUUCCUGUUCAGUGGAGUGGUUCUUCUAGCGCUUCCCUUCAUUCCCAAAGGAUGCGGAUGGGUGAUGGUGACCUUGGCCCUGGCGGGGAAGAUGACCAUCACCUCGGCCUUCCAGAUCCUGUCGCUCUAUUCCUCGGAGCUCUUCCCGACGGAGGUCAGAACCUGGGGCACCAGCACCGCCUUCAUGAUGUCCAGGGUGGGCUCCGUGGCUUCCCCCUUCAUCACAGAGUACCUGGGCACCUUAUGCAUGUGGGCACCGUCGGUUGUUUUCGGCGCCGCCUCCGUCGUGGCUGGGUUGGCCACCUUGGCACUCCCGGAGACGCAAGGAGUGGCACUGCCAGACACCAUUGAGCACCUGGAGAAGAGGGUGAAUCUGACCCCGAGCAGGAACAUCUUCCGAUUCCUGAUGAGAGACCCACCAGUCCCGACGCGGUUCAACAACUUACCCCGGACUCCAAGAAACGAAUCUUCGGUCGUGCAGCAAGCUCGCCAGAACUACAGUCAGCAGAUCGCUGCGAUACGCGAACAGCUGCUGCUGCAACAGCAACAGCAACAGCAACAGCAGCAGACUCACCAACAGCAGCAGCAACCCCUGCUGCAUGCAUGCCCCCAUGCCAACUGCCCUCAUAAUGGAAGGAUGUCUCCCAUUUGACCAUGAUCGAUGUACUGUCUAUUGCCUUUGCAACGAGAUUGUCAGCUGCCCUGAUCUGGGGGGGGGAGGGGGCAGGGGGUGCAGAGCCUUCAAUAGGGUGCACGGGUGUUGCUUGACCUAGGGUGACCCGGGGUGUUAUAUAUAGGUGAUUGGUCUAGGUAUGAAGUAUAUUGGGUUAGAAAUGUAUCCUCAUGCUAGGUUUUGAAAGUGCUGCGUUUGAUUCGAAUUGGGAAAGUUACGGGCGUAAAAUAAGUUUACGGGGUAUUUGCGUGAAAUAUGUUUACGGGGUAUUCACGUAAAAUAAGUUUACGGGGUAUUCGCUUAAAAUAAGUUUACGGGGUACUCGCAUAAAAUAAGUUUACGAGGUACUCGCGUAAAAUACGUUUACGGGGUACUCGCAUAAAAUAAGUUUGCAGGUUAUCUGGUCUGAUAAAGAAAUGAUUCUAAGCUGAGUUAAAGGAUCACCUGUCCACUCAGAACUGAGAAAUUAUUUUUUUGCUAAAGGCCUGUCUACAUCAAUUUUGAUGAUUUGUCCAAAACGAGUUAGAAACCAAAUUUGACCUUCACUUAAAAAUAAAAAAAAAUUAAACUGGGUAUAUAAAAUACAGUUUAAAGAUAGUUAUACUAGUUCGGUCCAGUCUAAAUUCGUCAAUUUGCACGGCUAGAUUGCUAUUCUGUUAAUUGAAUACCCUAAUUUUGACCUGGCUUUGAAAAUGGGGAUAUAUGCUAACACGAGUUCACUUACCUUAUUCAGUCACGGGUUGUAUGUCGCAUAUUUGUUAUUUUAUGUUAUACUUAAGUUAGUCAAGAUUUAAUAAAAAAAAAUCAAAUACGAAUUUUCAGCACACAAAAAAAAAAAAAUCAAAUAUGAAUUCUCAAAGAGAAAAAAAUUAUCAGACAGAUUAUCAGAUACGAAUUCUCAAAGACAAAAAACUUAUCAGACAAAUGAUCAAAUACGAAUUAUAAAAGACAAAAACAAUUAUCAGACAAAUGAUCAAAUACCAAUAAUCUAAGACAAAAAACUAUGGGAGAAAUUAUCAAAUACGAAUUAUCAAAUACAACAAAAAUAUCAUACAAAUGAUUAACUACGAAUUGUCAAAGACCAUAACAAUUAUCAGACAAAUGAUCAAAUACCAAUAACCUAAGACAAAAAAAAAUUGUGAGAGAAAUGAUCAAAUACGAAUUAUCAAAGACAACAAAAAAUAUCAGACAAAUUAUCAUAUACGGAUCAUCAAAAAC